AUGGGCACUCCUCUGUUGCGCUUCAUGUUCUACCCAAUGGACCAGCUGAAGCUACUGGGAUCGAGUAUGCGCCAGAUGGUCGGGAAGAAAUUUGACCCCGAGAAGGACAUUAUCGACCAAAGCAGCAAGGUCAUCUUGAUCACUGGAGGUGAAUCUGCAACCCCCAUAUAUUCAUUCAACACAUCCACUCAGCCAUUAUAUACUCAUGAACUAAUGAGAACCCCCGUAGGAAAUACCGGCCUCGGAAAGGAAACAGUCUUCCAGCUCGCUAAACAUAACCCAACACGCAUCUACCUUGCCGCGCGCAACACCGCCAAAGCCCAGGCCGCAAUCGCCGACAUUCAAAAACAUCUCUCCCAACCAGCCGAUAUCCACCAUCUCCCUCUCGACCUCUCAUCCUUUGCCUCCAUCCGCGCUGCCGCAGACCAAUUCACCUCCUCCAACAACCGGCUGGACACCCUGAUCCUCAACGCCGGCAUAAUGGACAUACUGCCCCAUCGCACCAAAGACGGCUACGAAAUGGACUUUGGCACAAACCACCUCGGCCACUUCCUCCUCACCACCCUUCUCCUCCCUACUCUCGUCAACACCGCCAAGAAGCUGGAGUCCGAGGGCAAGCCGCCGGACAACUGGCGCGUCGAUACCCAGAGUUGA